AAAGAUGUCAACGUGAAGUUACAGUUAUAUGACAAAAGUUGUUUCAAAUGCCUACGAAACUCAAAAUGUAGACGGACUUGUGGACACACCAGUUUUCAAGAUGAACACUGCAUUAGUACAUUGGAAGGAGGCAGCGACUGUCAUUUUAACAGCCGGAAUCAAACGCACGUCUGUUGUUGAUAGUUUAAGGACAAGUAUCGAGAAACAUUCUCCAAGCCCUCCUGUCACCUGGACCAAACCACCUGGAUCCUAUAUAAGUGUCUCUGCCUGGACCCAGUCAGGUUUGCCUGCUAAAUCAGCAUUUGAUUACGAGGUGCUCCUGCUAAAACGAAGUGGUAAGAGUGGGUUUAUGCCAAAUGCAUAUGUCUUUCCCGGUGGUCUCGUGGAGACUUCGGACUUUUCCAGUGAAUGGCUCGAUAUUUUCAGGAACUUCACACACUCCCCAAAUUUUGGUUUGGGAGUCGUUAAACAACCACCUCAGACUAGACCUCCUAUUUUCGCCACGGAUAGGAUGAAAUUUGGCUCUCCUAUCCCGGGAGAUGUUGCCUUUAGAAUAUGCGCUGUGCGGGAGACCUUUGAAGAAUCAGGCGUCCUUCUGGUUGUACACAAAGAGGAAGAAAACAGCGUUCUGAUGUCUAUGAACAACAGAGACGCGUGUAUGGCAGAUUUGACACAAAUAUCCAAUGUAUGUGGCGAAAGGGAGCUGGCUAACUGGAGGCAGUUGGUGAUGAAGAACCCAUUGAACUUUAUUCGCAUGUGCAGGGAGCUGGAGUGCCUGCCCAACAUCUGGGCCUUGCAUGAGUGGGGCAACUGGCUCACUCCCACAGCAGUGUAUGACAAACAGAGGAGGUACGACACGGCCUUCUUCAUUUGCUGCUUGAAGGACAUACCUCACACUGUGCAGGAUGAGAAGGAGAUAGUUCAUUUUAAGUGGUCCACUCCCAUUGAGGUUCUUCAGAGUUAUGAGGCGCGUGAGAUGUGGAUUGCCCCACCGCAGAUGUACGACCUGAGUCGUCUGUGCCACUUCAGUGACUUAGACGACCUCCACCGCUUCGCUCAGCAGCGCUCCCUAGAGGGCUGUGAGCAGUGGUUGCCCAUCAGACUCACCUCUGCAGACUGCUACAUGUCGCUACUGCCAGGUGACGAGCUGUACCCUGAGCAGGUGGACAUGUCGGGCCAGAGUGACGUGAACAUGCGCACCAAGAAGAGCCUGGAGGAGCUGCAGAUGGAGAGCUCCAGCUUCCACCGCUUGGUCUUCCACGACCCCUACACCGCGUCCAUGCACGUCAACAUCACCCCCAAGUACAAGCACCUGAGUCCACUGCCCGCUACAUCCAGCAGCUGUAGUAGUAGUAGUAGUAGUAGUAAUAACAGCAGCAGCAGCAGCGGUAGUGUCAGCAGCGGGAGCACACCCACUAGUCGGCUCUGAGUACGUCUGCACGUCCCUCUGCUGGUGUUCAGGGGAACUGCAUUUGUCAACAGUUAGACCACUGGGAUACAUCGGCCUUAAAAAGCUUUUGGGUGCAUAGUUUGUAUUCUACUUGCUUAUUUGUUUAAAGCCAUAAAUGGUGGGAGAGUUUGAGUGGUCAUUACAGACCAGUAGGUUUGUAGGUUGAGGACAUUUGUGCAUGAAAGUAGUGUUUUCUCUUUUGUUUCAGGAGUUCAUUUGCUACCUCAGUGUUAAAGUUGCAAAAUUUUGUCAGGCAAAUGAUGGUUUUGAUAUGUAUCUGACCAAACAGAAAAACAAAACCAAGCAACAAAAGGGUGCUUCUUUUCAAAUCACUAAUGAAGCAGCAUGUGGGACAUUCUACCAGAAAAUUACUUUUCCUGUCCUGGGAUUGUGUCAAUGAAACGUGUAUAAUCCAAAAAUAUUGUAAACAGACUAGAUGAUUGAUUUCUAGGAGUUCUGUAAAAGGAUACAGUAUGUAAUUCAUUAGGCUCUGUCAUUAUUAGAAAUACCUUUUUUAUAAUUCUUUAUAAUAUCAUUCUUUAUAAUAUAUAGAUCAGUAAAGCUAUUUUCACAAAGACUUGAAGUGUGCGGAUUCUUCUCUUAAAUAUCCAGUCACUCUAAAUCCUGCACCUCACACGGAUGAGCGGUGAUUUUUUACCUUUUUGCCUAUAAUUCUUUAUAAAAAACACAAAUGACAAAUCCUGAAAAAUGGGCUGUCCUCAGCCAAAUCGACGUCUUUUACGUUUUUGUUGUGAUAAAGACUGGAAAAAAACUUUACAUACAAAUUUAAGUUGUUAUCUUUCACAUGAUUAUAUUAAAAACAUGACAUUAAACCUGAAUUCCAGAAAUAAAUGUACAACUGUCCCCAAGUGUUCAUUAAGCCCUCUACAUAAAACACUACAUAAAAAUCUAAAUUGCACUUUUAAAGUAACGACAAAACGACUAAAAAAAAUAGCUAGAAACCAGCUUAUGCUGAUUUUAUGAUUUGAAAUUGUUAUUUUUUUUCAGGGGAUGAUUUAAAGGAUCAGACCCUGUUACACUAAGAUGUCCUACUUAACAUUGGCAUUGGUGUAUAUCUCAAAUAUGUCUGAAAAGGCCAAUAAAUUCUCUGCUUACUUGCAAACAUUUGUGAUUCUACCAUGUUCACAGGCAGAGGAAUGGCAUUAGUUUGGCGUCACAUCAAGCCCUAUACAGUAUAACUGCCAUAGAUGAUGCGUGACCGGGCCUGACGAUUAGUUCCUAUUGGUCCUAGUUCCUAUUUUCAAAAAUGCAUUUUGUUAAAGAGUAAAAACCUCCUGAGAUGGCACAAUAGGUGUUCAUAUAGACACAAAAGAUUGUGACUUAAUGCUCAUAUGAUUCAAGAAUAAGAUUUAUUUUUAGUGAAAAUGUAUGUUUCUGGUAGAUUGUCCCACAUGUUGAAAUACAUCAUUUCCUGGUUGAAUUCUGAAUAACAGUAAGAUAUUUAAGCACGAGUGGGAGUGGUGUUGUUGGCCUAUAUCGCCACGGCUGUGGUUCGCCGUAGGCACGACUUCGUUUUUAACUUCCUAAUUAAUUUAAAUGUAAAUUAAUUAAUUAUUGUCUUUUAAACCAUAUUCCAUAUAUCAUUUUAACUCCCGUAAAUCUUUGUGAAGGUAGGCGUGUUCAAAUAAUUUAUAUUCACCAACCAAGGAUUAGUUUGAAAUUAGUUGCUAUUCCGAAAACACUGCUAUACUUUAUCUAGGUUAAAGUCUAAGGAAUGUAAGUUUAUCUACUACUAUGCUUGCCCUUUCCUUGAUUGUAACAUCCAAAGUUUAGUAAGAAGCACUUUGUAGUCAUAAGCUAUCCUUUGUAGCCUUAAGUAAAUUAUCAUGACUUUAUAACUGUUAUCAUAGUUGCAAAUCUGCAACAGUCCACUCCAAACACAGGACAGACGAGAUGGUGCCAUAUACUGUACCCUCCACAGGAGUGUGCUAUUUUGCUUCAUGCAUAUGAUUUAAUUUACUCGUGUUUUGAAAACAUUUUAUACAUGUACCCUCAAUUUAGAGUCUACCUUGUUGUAAAAUAGGCCUGUGUGUGUGAAAGAGAGACUGCGAGGUUUCUUGACACAAGAUGUAGCACUCCCCAACAAUGAGCCUGACAUGUGUAACAUGUAAAACCUGUAUUUUACCUCGGACACUGCGUCAAUAACUGACACUGUAAGCAUACAAUAAAGCCAUGGGAAUUUC